AUGCCGUCUCUAGUAAAUUUUCUCUGUUUCGCUUUCUGUAUUUAUCUAGUUGUUGGGCAGCUAACGGUAAUGAAACCAAGUCAAUGUAUUCAUUGUAAUUACGGAAUGGUUUCUUCUCUCACUCGUGGCCCUAGUGAAACAUAUAUCUCUCUGAAAGUCAGUCAUGGAUUCAAACCCCUGAUCAAAAAUAAUCACAACUACAACUAUUACUUUGAUUUUUCGAUUCUUAUCGAUCUAGGUGGUUCAAUCGAUAGGUCUUCCUACGACAAAAAUGUUGGUACUUGCCCGGAGGGCACUACUGGUCUGAAAACCUCAAGUGUCCAUGUUUUACUGAGAUCCAACGAAAAGUCUAAAAAUGCUACAUGGGGACUUUGGAUUUCGGGAACAAAAAAAGAUGAAUGUGAGAAGGAGAAUACCACAGAACCAGGACCUUGUGAAGGAAUUAAUGGAUUCGAUUUCGAGGACAAAACGCUUCAACAGAAGAAUGGAUACAAAUGGUUUGAUGGAGAGCCGAAUAACUUGGACAAAAAACAAUAUUGUAUUUAUAUGAUGAUUGGUGGGCUAAAUAUUAAAAAAGGGAAAUUGGAUGAUGCUGGAUGUGAGGUUGUAGACGGUUUUUUAAAACGAGCAGUAUUAUGUGGAAAGGAAGCUACAUAA